AUGAAAGAAACAAUCUCUGAGAAACUUGAGAAAUAUUUCUUUAACCUUCAAUAUGAAGAUUAUGAUAAGGCUGACCAAAAACUUAUUCAGCUUUUAUCUUUAGAAACUGAAGAAUGCGAAGAAUUGUAUCAAAAAGAACCCAAACUUUUUGAUCAAUAUUUUAGAAUGACUAAAAUAGAUGAACCUGAUACUGAAUCAGAACAAGAAGAUAACUUUAAAACUAAUACAAAGACUGUUAAGUUCGAAUAUUCAGAUAUGGAAGAUGAUGAAGCAGAAUCUUCUUAUACACCGCAAGAAGAAGCAAUAAAAAGAAAUAUGAGUUCAAAAUGCCUGUCCACAAUGGUAUUCCAGAUAGUAGCAAAGGACCCAAUACGAUCAAUACAAACCCAGAUGAAUUUGAGAAAAGCAAAAAAUGUUCUUCUACUUUUAGAACACAAAACUGAUGGAAUUGUGCAAAAGUUCCUAAGAAACAAUAAUUGGAAUGAAGAUUUGCAUGGUUCAGAUCUUUUUGAUAAUCUCAUAAAUGUCAUAUACACUACUUUCUUAGGUCUUGAUUAUAUUUCUAAUAAAGACUUUACCAUUAAUAAGAAAGUUGACGUAGCAAGAGUUUCAAUGACAAAACUCCAAUUACAUGAUAUUAGUCUUCUCGACAAAUACACAUGUAUGUAUGAAUCAUAUCUAUAUGAUAUUCCCCAGAGAAGUGAAUAUGCACAAUGGAUAUCUGCUUAUCUCAUGAAAAUUCCAAUUAUUGGAGAAAUCUGUACUGAAAGAUGGAAAAAAGAAGCUACUGGAGAAAUCCAGCAAACCAGUCUUUCUUAUGCAACAAAAAUUGCAAAGGAAGAAAUUGAUAGAAUCUGUCAAGACAGAUAUAAACAACAAAAGCUCAAAACAAUAAGUAAAGAUUGUUGUAGCAUUCUCUCUGAUUUCAAAAACUUUGAUAUUGGAAGAAAAACUUAUACUAAGAAAAAGUAUAAAAACAAAAAGAAAUACAAAUCUUUCUGGAAGAAGAAAAGAAGAAAAUUUUCACCAGGAAAAUACUUCAAAAAACCUUCAAAAGAAUCACCUAAGAAGACUACUUCCUGUCCACAAGGAAAGAAAAAAUGUAGAUGUUGGAUCUGCAAUGAAGAAGGACACUAUGCCAAUGAAUGUCCAAAUAGAAAAAAAUACCCUGACAAAGUCAAGGUUUUACAAACCGCUAAUAAUGGAGGAUAUGAAGCUCUUGAAGAAGAGUAUGAAGACACAGGUGCAUCUUUAUGUCUUGCAAGCAAAUUCAUCAUUCCGGAUGAGCUCUGGGAAAAUGCUCCCAAAGAAAUUAGUGCCACUAUUGCAAAUGGUGAAACCAUAAUGAUAAAUAAAGUUACAGAAGCCUAUAGCAAAGGAAAACCAGGUUUUCUUAAAACUCAAGAAAAAGGCUCUAAAGAAAAACAAAUUCCGGGUACUAAUAUAACCCAAGAAGGAAUUAAUGAAGAAAGGAUUAUUUCUAUUCAAACUACCAGGUUCAAACAGAUUGAAGAUCUUCUUGAAAAAGUUUGUUCUGAAAAUCCUAUUGAUCCAGAUAAAACCAAAGGAUGGAUGAAAGCUUCAAUUAAGCUCAUUAAUCCCAAAACGGUUAUUAGAGAAAAACCUAUGGUUUACUCUCCACAAGAUAGAGAAGAAUUCUCCAAAAAAUCAAGGAAUUACUUGAUAUGA